UUGAUUUCCUGUUUAAGUACGUACAAGUGUUCUGAAUGGUGGAAUCAGCUGUUAAAUCAAGUACGAUGAUGAAUGUGCGUUUCUGUGAUGUAGAUUUAUGGAUCUAAAAUGUACCGAAUGAACUAGAGUUGAAUACAGGUCUAUAAUGGCAAACGAAGAAGACCUAAAUGCGAUAUCGACUCUUCAUGACGAUGUUUACCACGGAAUUCAUACAGAUAAUGCAGAGUGGGUUGAUUUACUAACUCUUCACAGGGAAUCUGUCCGUGAUCCGGUUGCUAUCCGAGGUGCUGGAAAUGUUACUGUGUUUGGACUAAGCAAUCGCUUUGACACAGAAUUCCCAUCUGCUCUAACUGGCAAAGUUGCCCCGGAAGAAUUCAGUGAAACCCUUCAGAGAAUAAACUCUGUUUUGAAAAAAACUCUCCCAGUGAAUGUCAAAUGGUUAUUUUGUGGAUGCAUAUGUUGUUGCUGUACCCUGGGUUGCUCGCUGUGGCCUGUCGUGUGCCUCAGUAAAAGGACAAGACAUGCCUUAGAGAAGCUCCUUGACUGGGAAAACAGCCAUUUGUACAGUAAACUUGGAUUACAUUGGAGAUUGUCAAAACAGAGAUGUGAUAGCUCUGCCAUGGUUGAAUAUUGUUUUGUAAGGUUUUGUUAGUUGAAUUUGUACCACGACUUCAUAUCCAUCGGCCCGAUUAACAAGAAACCAUACCUCAUGGAAAAUGGCACACAAUUAUGACUGCUCACUGUUGGAUAUCGUUUAUUGUUCAUCGUCCAGAAUUGUCUGUUAUAAAAUCUUACGCUUGUACGUUUCCUCCGAGUGGACGUGGUUGUCAAAACGACAACUUAAAGAUCUCUUCGCCUAAGUGUUAAACGACUCCCUAAUCACAUAUAAGACUUUGUGUAAGUAAAAACAACAAAAAUAUUCGGAGCUUGUCAUUGCAUGUAUAUUUAGAGUGUUUUGCGGGCAAUAAACAUGUCGUUUAUGGAGAAAA